AUAUGUGAAGUUUGCAUUCAAGAUUUCAAGGUGGUAGAGGCUCCAAGUCCACCCUCAGAAUGAGUUGCGUGGAGCAAGGCGAUGCUGGGAAGUUUCUCAAGAGUUUUCUGGAGGAUUUUCCAAACCCGCUUGGGACGGAGGACCCGCUCCCCAUCAGUCCACUCAGCCGCAAAGUCUCUAUGCAGGAGGUGAAGGGAGAGAGUCUGGAUCUUGGCCUCCGACUGCUCUCAGCCAGAAGUGCCCCAUCCUGGCUGGGUGCAGCGAUGUGCAAUGCUGCUGUCACUGAACUGCUUAAAGAUGACCUUUCACCUCACUACUGCCCCAAAGAUCCUGAACCGCAACCAGAAGAUGAACAGGAAGUUGUUUUGUUGCAGUCUGAGCCAUUGCAGCGCCUCUUUAUUAAUAAAUUGAGAGAGGUGUGUUUGGCCUGGCAGAAACAGCUGCCCAGUCCCGGGUCGUCCUCGUCACGGACACACAGCUGCUCUGUUCACGCCAUUCGAAACACUCGCAGAAAGAUGGAGGACCGUCACAUAAUCCUGAAAGAUUUUAACCAGCUUCUGGGACUGCAGGAUGGAGAGUAUUACGCUGUGUUUGAUGGACACGGAGGGGUGGAUGCUGCCACAUAUGCUGCCACUCACCUGCAUAUCGUACUCAGCCAGCAGGAGGCACUAAAAAGCGAUGCUGCCACAGCCUUCAAAAGCUCCUUCACACAAACAGAUGACAUGUUCAAGAUUAAAGCCAAGAGAGAGCGUCUGCGCAGCGGCAGCACUGGUGUGGCGGCUUUACUGACCUCUGAUCGCCUGACUGUCUCCUGGCUGGGUGACUCUCAAGCUAUGCUGGUUCGACAGGGAGAACCAGUGACCCUAAUGGAGCCACACAAACCUGAGAGAGAGGAUGAGAAGAAAAGAAUUGAGGAUCUGGGUGGAUGCAUUGCUUUCAUUGGUUGUUGGCGGGUAAAUGGUACCUACGCCGUUUCCAGAGCAAUAGGUGAACAAUCUCGCAAACCAAAUCAAAAAACAAGAUUAUUGAGUAGUUACAAGUAUGGCUGGGUGAUAUACUAUUCACAAGAUAUUUGA